GUGCUGUUCCUUGUUAUUUUCCUCCUGACCCUGAUGGGGAAUCUGAUGCUGCUGCUGGUGAUCGGGUUUGAUCCCCGUCUUCACAUCCCCAUGUACUUUUUCCUGAGGCAGUUGUCCUUCCUCUAUCUCUGCCACUCCUCUGUCACUGUGCCCAAGCUGCUGGAGAAUCUGCUCUCUGAGAAGAAAACUGUCUCAGUAGAGGGCUGCCUGGCGCAGGUCUUCUUUCUGUUUGCCUCUGGGGGCACUGAAUCCUGCCUACUCGCUGUGAUGGCAUAUGACCGCUAUGUUGCCAUCAGUUCUCCUCUGCUCUAUGCCCAGGUGAUGAACAGACAGCUGUGUAUGGGGCUGGUGUGGGCCUCAUGGAGUUUGGCUUUUCUGGAUGCUCUUAUCAAUAUCCUUGUAGCUCUCAAAUUAGACUUCUGUGAGGCUCAAGAUAUCCACCACUUCUGCUGUGAGCUGUCCUCUCUUUACCCUUUGUCCUGCUCUGAUGUGACUGCAAGUUUUAUUGCCCUGCUCUGCUCUAGCGUCCUGCAUUUCUUUGGAAAUUUUCUCCUGGUAUUUUUCUCCUAUGUUCGCAUUUUGUCCACCAUCCUGCGCAUCAGCUCCUCCACAGGCAGAAGCAAGGCCUUCUCUACCUGCUCCUCCCACCUCACUGCUGUGAUCUUCUUUUAUGGCUCAGGACUUCUCCGUUAUCUCAUGCCAAAUUCUGGAUCCAUUCGAGAGUUAAUCUUCUCCUUGCAGUACAGUGUGAUCACCCCCAUGCUGAAUCCCCUCAUCUACAGCCUGAAGAACAAGGAGAUGAAGGCUGCUGUGAAAAGGAUGUUGAGAAAAUAUUUCUGGUGCUUCAAAUAAUAACAUCAGAAUGAUGAGGAUUCUGGGUAGAACUCCGAUAAGUGGUGCCUGGAUAUUCAGGAGAAUUCUCUGAUAUCAGGAUCUGUAAGGUGCCCUACAGCUUUUCUUAAAAAUACUUAAGCAGAAUUAGAGUUAAUUUUCUUGGAAUGAUACCAGUUCAGUCCUAGUCAGAGCAAGGGGGAGGGAGGUAUAGCAAUUAUUCCUAUGAAAAUAUUCAAUGUAUUACACACAGUAUGGUAGACAAUGCAAUUAUACUCUGUCUACCUUGCCACUCUUCAAACUAAACUCCAUUUGCUCAAUAUGUUUCCAUAGAGACUAUUAAUCAUAGAUUCUGUUAAUCAUGGUGACCCCUAAUUCUUCCCAUCCCUGCUUAAUAUUCAUUCAUUCUUCCUGGCACAGUGGCUGGUACAGGAAUGAGUACAUGGUCAAUGUCAGACCAUUCACUCUGUAGGAAUUUUAAUGAGAGAUUCAGAGAGGCAGAGGCCAGCCAUUCUGUUUGCAGUACUCUGACAGCCAAUCCCAGUGGCU